CACCACCGAUCCUCAAUUCCUCCUUCUCAUUAUUAUUUCUCUCUUUUCUUGAGAUCCAAAAGAAACCCAUUUGAGUACUCUCUUUACUUCAUCUCCCAGAUCUUGUAGAUUUUCAUAAGACCCAGAAUUCAGGAACUUCUUUAAAACCUUUUGAUCUAACGGUGGAGAAAAACAGCUUCUUUUGCGUGGUUUGGUGGAUAAAAAGUAGGUCUAGGUGUUGGGAGGGCAAAUGCGGUUGAUUUUCUCUAUCUAGUCUGCUUUUUUUCUUGUUUGGCUACCGAGAAAAAUUUUGUUCUUGUUUCUGUUUCUGGGUCUUUUGGUUUUAGUGAAGGAGAAGUAGAGGGAAUAAAAAAAAACAAAAACAGAGAAGAGAUCUUUUUGGUGGUUUCUUAAUUUGGGUUGAAGAAAAGAUGCAACAAAAUCAGUUGAAGAAGGAGCUAAAAGAGAUGGACUUUUUCACCGAAUAUGGGGAUGCAAACAGGUACAAGAUUCUUGAAGUCAUUGGUAAGGGAAGCUAUGGAGUAGUUUGUGCAGCGCUUGACACACAUACGGGUGAGAAAGUUGCAAUAAAGAAAAUACAAGAUGUAUUUGAGCAUAUGUCCGAUGCAAUUAGGAUUUUACGUGAAGUCAAGCUAGUUAGGCUUCUUAGACAUCCCGACAUAGUUGAAAUUAAACGUAUAAUGUUGCCACCAUCAAAGAGGGAGUUCAAAGACUUAUUUGUUGUUUUCGAGCUCAUGGAAUCGGAUCUUCACCAAGUCAUCAAAGCUAAUGAUGACUUAACACGAGAGCAUCACCAGUUUUUCCUGUACCAAAUGCUUCGUGCAAUGAAAUAUAUGCAUACAGCCAAUGUGUACCAUCGUGACCUUAAACCGAAGAACAUACUGGCAAAUGCAAAUUGCAAGCUUAAAGUUUGUGAUUUUGGGCUAGCAAGAGUUGCAUUUAAUGAUACCCCAACGACAGUCUUCUGGACGGAUUACGUUGCUACACGGUGGUAUAGGGCUCCAGAGCUAUGUGGAUCUUUCUUUUCUAAGUAUACUCCGGCUAUAGACAUUUGGAGCAUUGGCUGCAUCUUUGCCGAGGUAUUGACGGGGAAGCCCCUAUUUCCUGGAAAAAGUGUCGUUCAUCAGUUAGAAUUGAUCACUGAUCUUAUAGGGACACCUUCACUAGAAACCAUUUCCGGGGUUCGAAAUGACAAAGCAAGAAAAUACUUGUCUGAAAUGCGGAAAAAAAAACCCGUGCCAUUUUCACAAAAGUUUCCAAAUGCAGACCCGUUAGCAGUGCGGUUAUUGCAGAGGCUAUUAGCAUUUGAUCCCAAGGACCGGCCAACCGCAGAGGAGGCAUUAGCCGACCCUUACUUCAAAGGCUUGUCUAAAAUCGAGAGGGAACCUUCUUGUCAACCAAUAUCAAAAUUAGAGUUCGAGUUUGAGAGACGACGGGUGACAAAGGAGGACGUAAGGGAAUUAAUUUACAGGGAGGCACUAGAAUAUCAUCCUCAGCUGCUCAAAGACUACCUGAACGGACAUGAAGGAUCCAAUUUCCUUUAUCCUAGUCCUGUCGGUCAAUUCAAAAAGCAGUUUGCAUAUCUCGAGGAAAAUGGUGGUAGAAGUGCACCAGUUUUCCCUCUGGAGAGGAAGCAUGUGUCCCUCCCAAGGUCUACCGUCCAUUCAAAUGGUAUUACUCCAAAUACACAGUCAACUUCAGUUUCGUACGAGAACCGACAAGAUAGAGAAGCGGAUGCCAGGAAAGCGAUGGAUGUAAUUUCUAGUAAACCAAAGCCAACACGGCCUCCACCUAGGGUGCCUUCAGAAGUGUUAUCCUUUCCGUACAGCAAGCCCGGGAGAGUUGUUGGAUCCGUUGUACCAUAUGAGGACGUGAAAAACAUUAAAGAUGAUUACGACGCUAAGAACUUCUACAGAAAUGCAGUCCCUCCGCAGAAUGUCUCCCCCCAUUGUUUCCUCCUAAAUCAAGAGAAAUCUGGAACACAGACGGACAGGAAUCUGCAAACCAAACCGCAACAACAGUUUAGCAUGGUGGCAAAACCAUCCCCAGGAACUGCCUUUGAUAUGAACAGCAACCCCUAUUACAGAACUCAGGCCAAGACCGAGCGAAGGUUACCCAUAGAUGCUAAACUUCUCCAGGCACAGUCCCAGUUCGGUGCAGUUGGUGCUGCAGCCGUCGCUGUAGCAGCGCACAGGAAUGCCGGGACAGUUCAUUAUGGAUUGUCUUGAACCGGGAUUUGUCUUGUCGAUGUCGGCGAGAUGGAUCUAAUUAGAGUGAGAGAGAGAGGUGAGGUGAGGUUAGCUGAGGGUUCCUUUGUGAAGGGUGUUUUCUAGUUUCCCGUUUAUCUAAUUUAUGUCCUGUAAUUAGAAUGUUGUAUCAUUGAAUUCUUCAGUGAAAUAAAUUGCUCCCUUUUUCGUAGGA